GACCCUCUGUGUUACUUGCAGAAAAUUCUGGGAAGCUCGGUAAUCUUUUAAAAGUUUUUACGAAAAAUGGACUUCAAUCACAACGUUGAUUUGGACACCGCCAAGUUGCCUAACGAAAUAAGCGAUGAUGACGACGUAGUCAUGAUGGAGCUGCCUGUGGUCAAGGUCUUCUCUCCAUACGAUCCCUGGACUAAGGCCCUCCUAAAGAAUCCCGUUCGCAACACAAUCUGUGGCCACAUUUACGAUCGCGACGUUGUGCACGGACUCAUCAAGAACAACACCGGCAUUCGCUGCCCAGUUGCCGGCUGUGCCAAUCGAACUUACAUCCACCCACCCCACUUGAUCGAGGAUGCGGAAAUCAAGAAGCAAAUGCUCCAGCUUAUAAUCCAGGAGGCUGUGAUGGAUUCACAAGAGUUGUCUUCCGACAAUGAGGACACCAAUCUGGAGGACAUCACAGACGAAGUUAAGAAGGACGCCGACGGCGACUAAGCAAAAGCAUUAGGUAUUAUUAAAAGGUCUCAACAUGGCCUUAACCGCUGAUAGAAGGUUUGUUGAUUUUGGAUAGAAAUCCAAUAUUAACAAAACUUUCAUUUAAGUAAAUCCAAGAUGACAUUUGGUUUUAAGGCCAUGUUGGUUGACUUACCUGUUCACAUGUAACGAGCAUGAAAGCAGGCAAAACGUAUCUUUAAUGGCCGAUAACAAUUUUAGAAAUUUUACUAGACUUUUAAAUGCAUCACAAAUAAAACUUUUGUGCAAUGGA